AUGCUCGUCUCUAGCCAACAUGUCGAGAAGGAGUUCAGGUACGGCUUGCCUUUUAUAUCAAAAGGCAACAUCCUAUUAUCAAUAAUCAAUCAUAUAGGAGCAUUGUUGGAGAUAAUAUAUCUGUCGAUCUUUAUUUAUUAUUCUCCAAAUGCAAGCAGGCAUAGAAUCUUCAAAUUCCUCUCCAGCAUACCUUGUGUCUUUGUUCCUAUGUUUAUCGGAUCUCUCGUCAUGCAUGGGGAACAUAGGAGAAUAUUUUGUGGAUAUGUGAUUGCCAUUACCUCCCCAGUUGUGUAUUGCAUCACUUGUGGUGCCGCCACCUGGAUGAUGAUCCAAAUGCAUAGUGUAGGAUCCGUUUCGCUAUUUGGGUCAUUAAUGAAUACACUAUGUAGAUGUGCUUGGUUGGCCUAUGGUAUAUCACGUGCUGACCUUUUCAUUGCUAUCCCCAAUGGCAUUGGAGGCGGUACUUACUUGUUGCGGACGAUAUUAUAUUUUAUAUAUCGUGGACAACAAGCAGAAAAUGCUCCAGUCCGUGACCAAUUUAUCGAAAUAGAAAUUCCUAACCAGGAUGAUGGAGAAGAAGAAAUUCUUGAGUUAGAAGAAGAAAUUCCUGAGUUAGAAGAAGAAAUUCCUGACGAAGAAAUUCCCGAGUUAGAAGAAGAAAUUCCUGAAGAGGAAAUUCCUGAGUUAGUAGAAAUUCAAGUUAUGGGAGAUGACAAGAAGCAUCUGGUAUUUGAAAUGAUAUGGGAAGAAUUAUACCGGAUGAUAUGGGAAGACUUCGAAACAAUUUCUGGUAAGUUAAAAGAAGUUCAGGCCACAAGGGAUGAUCUUAGCAGAGAACUAGUUACCUGA